UAAAACAUGGCUCCGCUAGCACACUAAAUACGAAUUACAGCAAAGCGUUUGGAGAAAGCCCCAGCGCUAGGGAGGCUUCCAACAGUCCGGCUAGGAUUGACUACAACUCCCAGCGUUCCUCGCGGGGCGUUUGUCCCGCUCAGAGCGCUACCUGUUCGCCUUUCCAAAGCCGCUUUGGCAGGCAAGGCAGUGGGUGUUUAGCUAGCCAAGCGACCGACUGGAGCUCCAUCGGACGAGGAAGAACCGUUGCUGCUACUUGCUUACCCGCCUGCUUGGCAACUUUGGCUUCCCUUUGAACAAGAGCUUUCGAAACAAACUGCAAAGGGAAGGCAAGAGGACUGGAAAAGAGGCGAAGGAAGAAGUGGGGGAAAGAAGCGGCGAGAAGAAAGGGGAAGUGGCCCAAGGGAGAUGAGGCAUCUCUGGAGGGUGGGAUCCUGCCUCUUGCUGUCCUCAGAGGCGUCUAGAAAUCUGGAUCUCCGGGUCGGUUCUUCUGGUGGAUUCGAGCCAUGGAGAUCCAGCAGAUCGCCCCGAAGGGUUGCGACGACCCUCCAGGGGUAGAAUAGCAUGGAUCUCAAACCUUAGAGCCUAGUCUGGUUAGGCGGCCACCGGCAGAAGUCUGGAGGAUCUUUCUGAAGCAGAGAGAGGAAAUCGGUUGUGUAGGUUUUGGGAGCCUCCGAGGCGCCUGAAGAGCCCCGCAACUUGUAUGGCUGACGGUGGGAGAGCGGCUGGGAGAGGAGCGCCUAGCAUCAGUGGAGGGGGAGGUGGCUGAGGUGGGAAGGCAGAGAGGGAGAAGGGGGUUUCUCCUAACGUGCCGGGCAUUUGGCUCUCCAGUGAUGUGGAGACUGAGUGUUUGGUGGCUCCUGAGCAGAGUCUGUCUGCUGUUCCCGCCGCCCUGCGCCCUCGUGUUGGCCGGGGUGCCCCUCUCUUCUUGCCACCCGCAGCCUUGCCGGAUCCUCAAACGGAUCGGGCACACGGUAAGGAUCGGGGCGGCGCACCUGCAGCCUUGGGCUACCUCCCAAGGUGGGGCAGGAGGCUGGAGAGCUCACAAUGACAUCCCGCUUCGAAGCCACUCUGCCGGGGAAGAAUCUGGGUGGCAGGACCCCGGGACUCCAGAGAGAUGGAGAACGGGGACCAGUGUGAGAAGAAGAGCGCACCUGGGCACUGAGAACCUGAUCGACAAAGAGAGUCCGGACCAGGCGCCACAACUGCCUCUAAUACCGAGGGAGGCGCUCCUGUUGGCGGUGGAGAACCUCAACCGCGUCAAGGGGCUUCUGCCUUACAACCUUUCCCUGGAAGUGGUGAUGGCUAUCGAGGCGGGCCUGGGCGAUCUACCUCUUUUCCCCUUUUCUUCGCCCAGCGCCUCCUCCUGGAGCAACGACCCGGUCUCCUUCUUGCAGAGCAUCUGCCACACUGUGGUGGUACAAGGGGUCUCGGCCAUUCUUGCCUUUCCGCAGAGCAGAAGCGAGAUCUUACAGAUGGACUUCGUGGCCACCGCUUUGCACAUUCCAGUGAUCAGCAUCGUACUCAAUGAGUUUCCUCGAAAGAGUCAGAACCCCCUUCAUCUGCAGCUGAGUUUAGAACGUUCCCUGAGUUUUGACGCUGAUGUCACUUUUUCAAUCUUGGCCUUGAACAACUGGUAUAAUUUUAGUUUGAUGGUAUGCCAGGAAGAGUGGAACAUCACCGAAUUUCUCUUCCUUACUCAGCAGAGCUCCAAAUUUUAUUUGGGAUCCAUUAUAAAUAUCACAGGAAACCUCACAUCAGCCAGUGACCUCUUGACCUAUCUGCAGUUUCAUCUGGAGAACAUUAAGGAUACAACUUCAACAGUGGUGAUGUUUGGAUGUGACAUGGAAAGCACAAGGAGGGUUUUUGAGAUAACCACACAAUUUGGGGUUAUGCCACCUGAACUUCAUUGGAUUCUUGGGGAUUCGCACAAUGUGGAAGAGCUGAGGACCGAAGGUUUGCCGCUAGGUCUUAUAGCUCAUGGGAAAACAACACAAUCUUUUUUUGAAGAUUAUGUGCAGGAUGCAAUGGAGCUGGUAGCUAGAGCAGUUGCUUCAGCUACAAUUAUCCAACCAGAACUGGCAUUGAUUCCAAGUACAACCAACUGCUUGAGCACAGAGGAAAAGAAUCUCACAUCAGGCCAGUAUUUAUCGAAGUUUUUAGCCAACACUACGUUCCAUGGGCUCAGUGGCCACAUUAAGGUAAAAGGUUCUUCCAUCAUUAGUUCAGAAAACAAAUUCUUCAUUUGGAAUCUGCAACAUGACCCUGUUGGGAACCCAAUGUGGACUCGCUUGGGGAGUUGGCAAGAAGGCAAGGUUGUCAUGGAUUAUGGGAUCUGGCCAGAGCAGGCUCAGAGACACAAGAAUCACAACCAGCAUCCGACUAGGUUACAUCUGAGGGUGGUGACGCUCAUUGAACAUCCCUUCGUAUUCACAAGGACUGUGGAUGAUGAAGGAUUGUGUCCUGCAGGACAAUUCUGUAUGGAUCCCUUGACCAAAGAUUCAGCCGUGCUGGAUGCUCUUUUUGAAAGCCUCCAAGGAGGCAACGACACAGUACCCACCAAAUUUAAGCAGUGUUGCUAUGGCUACUGCAUAGAUCUGUUGGAAAAGUUGGCUGAAGAUAUGAACUUUGAUUUUGACCUGUAUAUCGUCGGUGAUGGGAAAUACGGUGGUUUGAAAAAUGGCCAGUGGACUGGACUGGUAGGUGAUCUUCUUGCUGGGACAGCCCAUAUGGCUGUGACAUCUUUCAGCAUCAACACAGCCCGUAGCCAAGUGAUUGAUUUCACCAGCCCUUUUUUCUCCACCAGUUUGGGCAUUCUGGUGAGGACCAAAGACACAGCAGCUCCUAUUGGAGCCUUUAUGUGGCCGCUUCACUGGACCAUGUGGCUGGGCAUCUUUGUAGCUCUACACAUCACUGCAAUCUUCCUGACUCUGUAUGAAUGGAAGAGCCCCUUUGGAAUGACCCCAAAGGGUAGAAACAGGGAUAAGGUUUUCUCCUUUUCCUCUGCUUUGAAUGUCUGUUAUGCCAUCUUGUUUGGGAGAACAGCUGCCAUCAAACCUCCAAAGUGCUGGACGGGAAGGUUUCUAAUGAAUCUCUGGGCCAUUUUUUGUUUAUUUUGUCUCUCCACAUACACUGCUAAUCUGGCUGCUGUUAUGGUGGGAGAGAAGAUCUAUGAAGAAUUGUCUGGAAUACAUGACCCCAAGCUGCAUCACCCUUCCCAGGGGUUUCGCUUUGGAACUGUGAAAGAAAGUAGCGCUGAAGAUUAUUUCAAGCAAAGCUUCCCAGAUAUGCAUGAAUACAUGAAACGAUUCAACGUACCUGCAACUCCCGACGGAGUGGAAUACUUGAAGCAGGAUCCAGAGAAAUUAGAUGCCUUCAUCAUGGACAAAGCCCUUCUGGAUUAUGAAGUAUCCAUUGAUGCGGACUGUAAACUUUUGACGGUGGGAAAACCAUUUGCAAUUGAAGGCUAUGGUAUUGGCCUUCCUCCAAACUCUCCACUGACCUCAAAUAUUUCUGAACUCAUCAGCCAGUAUAAAUCCCACGGCUUCAUGGAUGUCUUGCAUGACAAGUGGUACAAAGUGGUACCGUGUGGGAAAAGAAGCUUUGCUGUGACUGAGACCCUGCAAAUGGGCAUCAAGCACUUUUCCGGACUAUUUGUGAUGUUGUGUGUUGGAUUUGGUUUGUCUAUUCUCACGACCAUUGGAGAACAUAUCAUAUACAGACUGAUGAUACCACGAAUUAAAAAGAAAUCCAAGAUGACAUAUUGGCUCCAUACAAGUCAGCGACUGCACCGCGCUCUAAACAACUCAUUUACGGAAGACAAGCACCAGCUUAAAACAAAGCCAGUUGAAAAGAAGUCCAGUCCCAGGAACAGCCAGGUUUCUGUCUGGAACACCGCUAGCCCUGGCAACUGCCACAGAAGGAAAUACGUCUGCAGUAUUGAAAAGCCGAGUGAAGUGAUGCUCAAACAACUACAGCAUGAUACCGCUUUUCCCCCCUUGAAAAGAGACUCUCCAGGGACUACCAAUGGGAAAGCAGACGCUCUGAACGCUGCUAGGACCUCAGUGAUCCAGGAACUCUCAGAACUGGAGAAGCAGAUCGAAGUGAUCAAGCAGGAACUGCAGUUAGCGGUGAGCAGAAAACUGGAGCUGGAGGAAUUUCAGAGGACAAAUAGAACUGUGGAGCUUUGAGAGAGUUCACCCUCGUUCCAUCUCGGACUGUAAUAAUUUGUACUACACCCUCACCUUUGGGCUUUGUUUUUGUGUAAUGCUAAGAAGUGGCGCCACAGUCAGCAAGCAAUAGAUCUACAGUAGCUCCUGCCUUCCUGCAAAAGCGACACUACCAAAAGAUGGCCGCAUUCUGGUUACCGGAAUACUUCAAAGUACCAACAGGUCCUUCUCUGUGGGAAGUUUUAGCCUAGUAGAAAAGGGUUGAUCUCAGGCUACAGGAAUUUGAAGCCUCCAGACCACACAGCACCUAUUUUCUUUCUCACUAGAAUUAAAUGAAUUUUUCCACUUUUUAGGGUUUUUUUUUCUCUGCAUUAAUUAAAACAAAAGAGCAAAAGCCUUUCAAAGAUUGUUCAGAAUUGUUCUCUGCAUGGAUUUUGCUGUUCAGAGUUUUUAAACCUAUAUCGUUGUGUCUCAAACUGUGGGCUCCGAGGGUCCUGUGGAUACUGGCCUUCUCUGCAAUUGGCACAAGGGGAGUACAGAUAUUCCCUACAAAAUCAGAUGCAAAGAUUAAACACAUUAGGAAAGGGUUUUAAUUAUACCCCAUUCUUAACUAUCUAUUAUUGAAAAAUGAUACCACGUUUGGAAGGAAAUCCUCAGGAUAGCUUUCAAAAAUUGGGGGUUGAGGUAGGAACAUAUGGAAUUCUGUCCCUUCUGAAGACAAACAAGGAAGAUUGUGUUCUGAAUGUCCAUCCACAUUAAAAACAAAAGUAGACUGGUUUUGGUUCAAACUUUUGCUGUUCCAAGGCAUUAUGUAACCACAUACCAAGUAUCUUUUAUAUGGGGAUGUACUCAAAAUAUGUCUUCUUGUCUCCAAGUUUACUGGUAUAGCCCAGCACUCUGACCAUAUUAUUUUUUGAUAAUAUGUGCAGAUUGCUUCUCACUGACAGGUACCAUCUUAUAUUCUUUGCUAUUUCCGUUCUCAGAAUUGCCAAAGUAAAGUCCACCCAACUUUCUCUACUACAUAAAAUAAUUCUACAGCCACCCUCGGCAGAUGUUGUAGAUACGCACUCUUAAUUUUGUUCAAAGGUAGUAUUUUAAGAUUCUUUCAUUUAAGUUACAAAACAGAGUAGGGCUGUAUUUUUUUUUUUGAGUGGUUCACUUAAAACAAACAAAUAAGCAAGCCUUGAAUUGUAAAACAUUUUGCUUUAAUGUGUUGAGUGUUUAUAGAAAAUUUUAUACUUGGCAAAGCAUUCAAAAUGCUUUCCUGUCUCCUCACAUUUUACAACCGUUUCAGCAUCCUGUAGUCACAUAAUUGCCACUUCUGUGCUUCACAAUUAGUUUGCGACAAGCAGAGUGAAUAGAGAACGUGGAAAUACAAUCAAAAGUCACGGUCACAAGAUAUUUCGCUUAAUGACCAAAGCGAAUGUGCAGUCGUAUAUCUGUCACAAUCAUGUGAUUUACUGCCUAAUAACCCCAGCUUUGCAUAUAAUCUUGUUAAGAAUGAAAAAGUAUAAAAGCAAAUGUUAAAACCAUGAAAAAUUCAAAUAGCAAAAUAAAAAAACCAGCAUGAAAGUGUGAAAAGGGAAAGAAAGUUUGAAAAAGGAAGUUUUGCUUUUCACACUUUUUCUUUCUUGUUCUUUACAGCAACUGCAACAAAGUUGCUCAUUUCCAUUUUGGUCACUAAACAAGGACUACUUACAUAUUCUUUGGACAAAGUUCUACUAUUUUGCCACUUUUUUCAGACUAGACCUUUUACCAAGACUUUGCUUCACAAAAUAAUCCUCUGGUUGCCCUUGACAGGAUAGAUGGCCUGAGCUCAUUUUUUAAAUGUCAAAGGAGAAAUUUUAAAACUACCAGUUAAAAUAUUCUUUAAAGUGUUUUUCUAUUACCAGAGUCUUAUUUAUAUAUAUAAAUAUUCCAUGUCAUGUUCUGAGAACUUAUCAUUUUAGGCUGGUGGUGGGGAAACUCUGGUCCCUCAUUAGUCCAAAACUAACUCUAGUGGCUAAAUGUUUUUUGAAGCUCGGUGGUAUCCUUCAGUGAAGUGUGUUGUGUAACUUGCCAGUGAUGAUGGCUUGCUCUCCAAUUGUUAAAUGUGUAUACUUCAUGCGGGUGCUAUACAAGCAGUGGGUGCAACAAUGUAUGGUGUACAGCCUAUUGACAUUAUCAUUCUGUCUCUCAUUCCCCUAAACCACCCUGCCUACACACACACACACACACACACACACACACACACACACACACACACACACACAAUCAUUGUCAGUAUGGUCCAAUUUAUAAGCUAGUCUAAAUGACAUAAUCUUGGUCUCAAAGAUGAUUUCAUAUUAUUCCAAGCAAUAUGGUUUUUUUUUUUCUUCUGUCAACACUGGGGCCUCAUACAUAGUUAUAUAUCGAGCUGAUGAUGCUCACCCUGUACAGAGGGGGCUGCUGCUAAGGAAUAUAACUAUGAAAUCCAACGUAAUCAGAUCCAGAGUAUGUAUUACAUUAUGUUGAUUGGCACAGGAGUAGUGACAGAAGAGGCAAGUCAAAUCAAAGUAAUGUAUAUACUAGGGCCUUGUAUAAUUUGACCGGUUCACUUUCAAGUUUUUCUGCCAAUCAAAGAUUGAGAAAACAUAGCCUAUAGACAUGCCACAUAGAUUUAGCUUUUGCAUCCAAGAUAAUUCCUAUGUGAGAAUAUGAACAGAGACCCAUAAUGGGGAUUUGCCCCUAAAAACUGCCAACAGUUUUUGUGUAGCAAAUGCAGUACAGUAAUCCACCAACAAAAUGUGCUAAUUAAGUCUAGAUGCCUAAUGCCUGACUAAUGUCUCUCUACUCACUAGGUCACCAGUGAUUUUAUCCAAUUAAGAAGCUCCUCUCUUUCCUUAAGUAUUUCAUUGGCAUCUUCAAAUAUCUAAGGGAAAGUCAACACUACAAUACAUCUUAUACCUUUGAUUCGGUGUCAAUGAGUGAAGUCUUUCCUUGACUUCUGUAAGUUGCCCUAGCCAUUGCCUUUUCUGAAUGAAAAUUCUGGUUGGGGAAUGUGCUGGUUUUUUGUUUUAUUUUGGUUUUAAAUAAAUUUUAAUACUA